GUUAUCAACCCUGGCCCUGAUUAGAACACAUGGGUCAGUGCAUUGUGUAAUUCCCAUCAAGUUUAUGCCAAAUUAUGGCGUGGAAAGGCCACUGAAGUCGAUGCGAUGGUCAUCCCACAGAGCUAGGAGAGAGAGAGGAGGUGUUCUCCUAUCUUCUACUGAAAGUGGUGUGGGUUGUGAGCUUUUCUUUCCAAUUGGAGCGAACAGGUUCUCCAACCUCUAGCACAGCACCAACCUACGAUGAUCUGUCAAACAGUGGGAGCUCGUGUCUCCGGCGGCACUGCACUAGAGAGAUUGUCGAGCACGAGGACUAUUCCUGGUUCCUCACAAAGUGCUCUGCACUCUCUGCCACUAAGUAAACAGUUCUGCAGGCAAAGAGGAAAGGGUUCGGUUUGCGUAAACAGAAGACCAUCAGAGAGCAUAUCACAGGCACACACGGCGCGCAGAGCUCUGAAGGCAGGUUUCCAGCGGACCGCGCUUGUCAGAACUGAAGUCAGCAAACGCUCAGUCAGAAGUGUUGUGCCGUCUGCUGCGACCAUGGUGUCAGAUAGCGGGAAGGUUGGGGACAUCCCCAAUGAUUGGGACGAUGAGAUCGAGGCCUCUGGAAUGCAUGCAGCUGGUUACUACAUCUACAACGUAAUCAUGCAAGUCAUGGAGGAGCAGUUUGGCGACCAGCUGCAGCCGUCCCGGACGCCUGCGGACAUUCGUUACUACAAGAAUGCGGACGGGAGCGUCAAGGGUGACUUGCCGAUGCGGGCGGGUAACGGCCAAGAUACCUGGUUUCUGAUUCAGUCGCGACUAGGCGUGGAUCGUCCCGGAAUGCCUGGCCAGCCGGGGUCGAAGAUGGCUCUGUGGAGCGUCAUGAUGUGGCUCGGGCCCGCAACCGAUGCGCCCCACUGCACGUUCGAGAUCUCGGUGUCCCCUGACAAGAUCUUCCUCGUUGCCGACAUGGUCCCCCGAAGAGAUCUGGUGGGCGAACCGGACUACCUGGACGAGGUCUACGAGCACUCGGGCGCGAAAGACCUGCACGCCAAGAUCAAGAAGGACCCGCGCUUCACCUUCUACGACAGCCCCGACCUGUACACCCACGUGGCGCUCUCUCCCGCGUGCAUAUGCCACACGCACACGCUCGGGCAGGGCGCCGGCGAAAGCAGCGGAACGGAGGAGGGUGGAAAGACCGAUGGGGCCGGAAAAAGCAACGGGAAGUCUAGCGGAGACAGGCCGGUUGUGGCGGCGAUGAAGGAGGUCGUGGAGCCGUACGUGAAGGGAACGCUGGACAACUGGAUCAAGGUGGUCAAGGCACGUGCCCGGAACGUCCCCCCCGAGGAGCAAGAAGCCCUGUCCCGCCGGGACAAGAUCCUGAAGAAGGAGGCGGUGGAGCGGGACCCGGGGACCGCCAUGCUGCCCAUGACGCUCGGGCCGGAGCUGGGGAACAAGAUUGCGCGCGCGCUCGUCGAAGGCGAGCCGCGCCAGCUGUCCUUGGAGGAGCACUUUCUGUACCAGCGGCCGCACUGGCGGCACUGGUACGGCGUCUUUACGAAGUGGGACGCGCAGUCCGGAGAGACUCUCGAGACGUACAAGAUGGAAAGGAAUAUAGAAGAGGUGGAACCCGAGGGCAAAAAGAUUCACCACAAGAACACGCGCUACAAGGAGGACGGCGUAAAAACCGACGGGCCCUACGAGUUCGGUUCCAGCGGGAGCAAGCCGGACGGCGUGUCGCAUCCGUACAGCGACGACUCGCGGACACGUCAGAUGCCAGACGGCGACACCGUCCACGCGUUCCGGGAGGUCCCCGAGGACCUGAGCAAGAUGUUCCGCGCGGAGAUUUUCUUCAUGGCGCCCGACAAGCAGUCGCGCGUCUGCCUGCUGCCGCUCUACGACAAGGAGGGCAACGCCUGGUGGGUGCUAGGCAACCGAGAGGUGUCUUGGAACCCCGAGGAGCGCCCGUCUGUUUGGUCCGCCAGCAACGACGUCUCCCGGGAGCGUUCCCCGCCCACCGGCAAACUCACCGGCGUCGAAAGAGUCAUGUCCGCCGACCUCUUACUGGGCGAAACGGUGGGCGUUUGGAAGGGGUACGAUCAACCGGUUGGGAAGCCUCUGAUCGGUAACCUCCUACCGGGCAGUGAGUACGAGGUUUUACACUUUCCCGACGGGCUCACGCUGUGCGCCCCCAAGUUCGUCAAGCGGGGAAUGGGCGCUUUCCACCUGUCGGCGCAUUGGGUGGCAAAUAAGAAGCGGGUGCACCAGGCGACGGUGGUCUACGGCGAGUCGGGGAAGGUUGAGAGCUAUAGGACGGGGCAUUACACUCGCUAAGCGCCCGGUGGAUUCUUCGCGUUAGUUUUGGUGUCCCAGAAAUGUAUUGUACGGUUUUGCUAGUGCCCGUAUAUUGGCAUUAGUCGCUCCACCCGAAUGCGGCUGGCUCAGAAACUCGUGAGCCAAGGCGACUCUCGAGAAGCUUUGUUGUCUUGCUCGAUCGCCCCAACUUCGUAACAACAUGCACGCUCUUGGGUGAUCAUUUGAAUGAACAACUGUUCUAAAUUUGAGGCAGAUUGGAGAGGUUUGACACUACCGAGUUGUGAACGCAUAGCUGCGAACAUGGUUGCACAGUAGCGCUGCAGCUAGCCGCGUUUGAGAUAGUUCUGUACAUGCGCGCUAGGUCUAAGGGACUCAAUUUCAUUGUUGACAUGGCUAGUGGUGAGUGCUGAAGCUUGAUAUACUUCUCGGGUGCUCGAACGUGUGAGAGCUGGUCGUGGUCGUUUUGAACAGCACGUAAAGUUCUGACUAUUACAUGCAUAUAUACAGAAGUGCAUGGGCUCGCUCAUGUCAGCCUGCCGCUAAGGGCCAACAAACACUUGUGAAAGCGAGUUAAGUUUACUGCCAG